AUGUCGACGUUAGGAACGAGUUAUUACGUUGAGUCUCCUCUUCUGCCCGAGCAUGAGGACAUGGCACCGAGGUACUCUGCAGGGGUGGAGCAGGCGAUGCUCUCCGAGUAUGGCGGACAGGAAUCCUUCCCUUUGCAGCCGAAAUCUUCUAUUUUUGGUGGAUCUUGGAGUCCCAUCUCGGCCCACCCUCCACACACAGCCACCCCGACCUAUAUACACCACCACUACACCACCGGGGACAGCGACGGCAUGUUUACGCGCUCCUGGGCGAUGGAUCCGGUGUCUGCGUCCCUGUGUCUGACGGGAUUACCAUCCACAGCCAUGCAUUAUGAGAUAAAGCCCGAGCCUCUGAUUGGGAGUUCUGAAUGUACAACUUUGGAGACGCACACACCUCUUUUGUCUGACAUUGAAAAUGGAGCUUCCCUUGCAGAGAUUCCCUGCGAAACCACAUCCACGACUACAGAGAGUAAAGAGAGCCCCUCAGCAGAGGACAAGAAGGAGAUAGCUGCAAAUAACCCAUCGGCCAACUGGCUUCACGCGAAACCCACCAGGAAAAAGCGUUGCCCAUACACAAAGCACCAAAUCCUGGAACUGGAGAAGGAGUUUCUGUUUAACAUGUACCUCCCUCGGGACCGUAGGUACGAAGUGGCAAGAGUCCUGAGUUUGACCGAGAGACAGGUGAAAAUCUGGUUUCAGAACCGCAGGAUGAAGAUGAAGAAAGACAACAAAGACCAGCGGAGAGACAAUUAA